GCUGCCGGCUGCUAUGGCGGACACCUUCCUGGAACACCUGUGCCUGCUGGACAUCGACUCUGAGCCCGUGGCCGCUCGCAGCACCAGCAUCAUCGCCACCAUCGGGCCAGCAUCUCGCUCCGUGGAGCGCCUCAAGGACAUGAUCAAGGCUGGGAUGAACAUCGCCCGCCUCAACUUCUCCCACGGCUCCCAUGAGUACCACGCCGAGUCCAUCGCCAACGUCCGGGAGGCGGUGGAGAGCUUUUCGAGUUCCCCGCUCGGCUACCGGCCGGUGGCCAUCGCGCUGGACACCAAGGGCCCGGAGAUUCGCACCGGGAUCCUGCAAGGGGGCCCGGAGUCGGAAGUGGAGCUCGUGAAGGGUUCCCAGGUGCUGGUGACUGUGGACCCGGCGUUUCGGACCCGGGGGACCAAGAACACGGUGUGGGUGGACUACCCCAAUAUCGUCCGGGUCGUGUCGGUCGGGGGCCACAUCUACAUUGACGACGGGCUCAUCUCCCUAGAGGUCCAGAAAAUCGUCCCAGAGGGCCUGGUGACCAAAGUGGAGAGCGGCGGUGUCCUAGGCAGCCGAAAGGGCGUCAACUUGCCGGGCGCCCAGGUGGACCUGCCCAGUCUGUCUGAGCAAGAUAUGAAGGACCUGCGCUUCGGGGUGGAGCACGGUGUGGACAUUGUCUUUGCCUCUUUUGUGCGGAAAGCCAGCGACGUGGUUGCCGUCCGGGCUGCUCUGGGGCCGGAAGGGCAGGGCAUUAAGAUCAUCAGCAAAAUCGAAAACCACGAAGGCGUGAAGAAGUUUGAUGAAAUCCUGGAAGUGAGCGAUGGCAUCAUGGUGGCCCGGGGGGACCUGGGCAUCGAGAUCCCAGCGGAGAAGGUUUUCCUGGCUCAGAAGAUGAUGAUUGGCCGCUGCAACUUGGCUGGCAAGCCGGUCGUCUGUGCCACACAGAUGCUGGAGAGCAUGACCACCAAGCCCCGGCCUACACGGGCGGAGACGAGUGACGUGGCCAAUGCCGUGCUGGACGGAGCCGACUGCAUCAUGCUGUCCGGGGAGACUGCCAAGGGCAACUUCCCCGUGGAGGCCGUGAAGAUGCAGCAUGCGAUUGCCCGGGAGGCCGAGGCUGCAGUGUACCACCGGCAGCUGUUUGAAGAGCUACGCCGGGCAGCACCCCUGAGCCGUGACCCCACUGAAGUCACCGCCAUUGGGGCCGUGGAGGCUGCCUUCAAGUGCUGUGCCGCUGCUAUCAUCGUGCUGACCACGACUGGCCGCUCGGCCCAGCUUCUGUCUCGGUACCGGCCCCGGGCAGCUGUCAUCGCAGUCACUCGCUCUGCCCAGGCUGCCCGCCAGGUCCACCUCUGCCGAGGAGUCUUCCCCUUGCUGUACCGCGAGCCUCCAGUGGCCGUCUGGGCAGACGACGUGGACCGCCGGGUUCAGUUUGGCAUUGAAAGCGGAAAGCUCCGUGGCUUCCUCCGUGUUGGGGACCUAGUGAUUGUGGUGACAGGCUGGCGCCCUGGCUCUGGCUAUACCAACAUCAUGCGGGUGCUGAGCAUAUCCUGAGUUGCCCCUUCCUCUGACCCAACCCACCCCUGCGCUGUAUCCCUUCUCCCCCUCCCCUCCCCUCCCUCCACCCCACCUCUCAGUCUUCUCUACUCCCAAGCCCCCAUCAGAGACCACAUCGAACCCUACGGAGAUGUCCCUUUCCCUAGUCAUUCCUCACGGGCCCCGGACGUCUGAGUGCGGCCCCCGCUGCCCACUCAGCAGCAUGACUGUCCGUUGGUCGACUGGGCUCGAAGACACCCUGGGCCUUAAUUCUGACUUGGCUGGAUAGUUCUCUUCCCCGGGUUUCCCAUCCUGGGGGGUGGGGGGGAGGGGAGCAGAGCAGUCUUGUCCACAGUCUCCCCAGAGUCACUACCUUA